AAUCUCGGACAAUGCUUGGCCCCUGCCAAACCACGUCACUGCAAGAUCCGCAGCAGGUCUCGGACAUAUAUUUUCCAGGGAAUCGGAUAUUGGCAGCGCAGACUUCUUCAGGGACGCCCCACGCGGGGUAAUGCCGGGGUCGCGUCAAUUGGGCGCUGGUUUGCUCGAUCACUGCUUCAUCACCGGUACAAUGACGACCGAACAGCAGCAGCGCCUUAGCAACAAGACGCAGAGUCAGGCCUGGCGACAUCCACCCCCUGGCCGAGUCAAUCAGUCUGCUCGAUGAUUGCUGGAAACUGUGCUCAAUUUCUCCAUAUGGUGGGGUGAAGCCAAAGAGGGUGCACAUAAAAGCUACACCCGUCAUGACGAGCAGCCUCUCGCGCAACACACCCCCAACCAUACCUCCAUCCCAAAGAAAACCAAAAUGAAGCUCAACCUCAUAACCUCCCUCCUCGCUCUAGCAGGGGGCACCAACGCCCAUCCCAAAACCACGCCCCGGGCCCCCCUCUUCCUCCUCGCCGGCGACAGCACAACUGCCAAACAAUCCACCGGCGGCGGCGGCUGGGGCAACGGCUUCAUCAACACAACGCUGCACCACGGCGCGACAGGGAUCAACUACGGGGUCAACGGGCGCACAACCGUAAGCUACCGAGCAGACGGGUACUGGGCAACCGUGCUGUCCAAAGUCACGGCGUCGCGCAACGAGGCCAAUCCCUACGUGACGAUCCAAUUCGGACACAACGACCAGAAACCCGCGGCCAACAUCUCGAUCACAGAGUACACGAGCAACCUGGAGAGGUUCGUGACUGAAGUCCGCGCCGCCGGCGGCAACCCCAUCCUCGUCACGCCGCUGUCGCGCCGCGGCUACGAUAACUCCACCGGCGUGCCCCGCGUCGUCGAGAACCUGGCUGCCCAGCGCGCGGCCACCAUCGCGGCUGCCCGUGCCACUGGCGCCACGUUCAUUGAUCUCAAUGAGGCCAGUACCCGCUACUUGAAUAGUAUUGGGCCCGCCGAUGCGUGGACGUAUAACCUUAAUCCUGAGGAUCAGACGCAUCUGAAUGCGCAGGGGAGUGUGGUUUUUGGGGGCCUGGUGGCGCUCUUGAUUGAGGGGGCGUUGCCUGAGUUGAAGGAGGAGGGGUUUGUGGGUGUUGAGAAGAAGUUGGAGGUUGCGUUGGAUGAGAGGAAGUAUUUUUGGCCUUAG